AUGAAUGUGAACAUGGACACAAUUGAUGCUGAGAAUCAGGUGGAACUGGAAAAAAACAACUGGCUUAUUCAUCGAGUGUUAUAACUGCAACACACCUACGAAGAUCUCUCUGCAAGAGGAGAUGGAGUUAAGGGAGAAAAUCUAAAGCUAAAAUCAGAAAGCCAAGUUCUUAGACAGUCUAUGGAAAGCCUCGUGUCUGUUUCUCAUGCUUUUCAAACAACGGACACAAAAGCAAAAGAAAGCUGUGUUCCGGCUUUGCGGUAUCCGGCUGGUAGUCGCUAUCUAGAGGGCACUGCCUUCAACAUCAAAAUGUGCAACCUGCUGCCGUCUGAUUGA